AACGUCAUUGUUGUCAAAUCGAAAUGACGUUUAUUAAACAUGUCAUCUAACGAAAAGAAAUUAUUAAAUAACGAAAAAAAAAUUAGGUUUACACCUAACCCGAAGGUUCUUUAUACAAAUGAGAGUAAAAUCGAAGACUUAUUUAAACCCGAAAAGAUUGAUGGGCAAAACGAUGAAGUUGACACGUCUAAAAAAGUUUCUCCGUCCCUUUUCUCAUUUUUACACGUAGAAUUAACACGUGGUUACGUACUUGAACACGAUGAAGAACGUUAUUCGGCGAGACGUGAAAAAGUUUACUCAUUUAUGAAAAUACCCCGAGAAGUGGAAAAAUUUAUGAGUUACGGCUUUAUGCAAUGUACAGAUUCAUUUUUAUUUGUGUACACAUACCUACCAGUUCGAGUUAUCUUAGCACUGUUUGCUUUAAUAACUCGACCGAUUGCAAUAUGUUUUGGUUUAAAACCAAGAAAUUAUAGGUCAUUAUUGUCUCCAGCGGAGAUUUGCGAUUUACUAAAAGCAACGAUUUUAAUAACAUGUAGCGUUUUGAUGUUUUACAUUGACACGAACAUGUUGUAUCAUUUAAUUAAGAGCCAAUCGGUUAUUAAGUUGUAUAUUUUUUAUAAUAUGCUUGAAGUUGGUGAUAGAUUAUUUUCGGCUUUUGGACAAGAUACGAUUGAUGCUCUAUUUUGGACUGCGACUGAACCUAGGGAUAGACGUAGGGAACAUUUUGGGGUUAUCCCCCAUUUAUUUUUUGCCAUAAUCUAUGUCUUCCUCCAUAGUUUUUUGGUUUUAUUGCAAGCAACAACAUUAAAUGUUGCUAUAAACUCCAAUAAUAAAGCCUUAUUAACUAUAAUGAUGUCAAAUAAUUUUGUUGAAUUAAAAGGAAGUGUUUUUAAGAAAUUCGACAAAAACAAUUUAUUUCAAGUUUCAUGUAGUGAUGUACGGGAACGUUUUCAUUUAGUAAUUCUUCUAUUUAUCGUUGUUUUACAAACGAUGAAAGAAUAUUCAUGGAAAACGGAACGAUUUUGGGUAUUAAUUCCCGAUUGUGCGAUGGUUUUAUUGGCUGAAAUUUUCGUUGAUUGGGUGAAACACGCAUUUAUAACCCGUUUUAAUGAAUUGCAAGUGGACGUUUAUCGUGAUUACACAACAAGUUUAGCUUAUGAUAUGGCUCAAACACGCCAAAAGCAUGCUUUUUCUGAUCAUUCUGAUCUCGUUGCUCGUCGAAUGGGGUUUAUUCCUUUACCAUUAGGUGUGGUUAUGAUUCGUGUUUUAGCACAUGCGGUUUACGUUUGGGAUUUACCAUCUUUUGUGAUAUCAUUAGUUGCUUAUUUAUGUUUAGGUUCUUAUAGGAUAUUAAAUAAUGUUUUAAUUUUGGGGUUCGCGUGCACUUUAAUUGUUCUACAUAAACAAGAAAAAGCUAAUUCUACUUCGUCUUCAGUUCAUUCUCCAGGUAAUAAUCGAUCGGGGAGUCCGUUACCCAAUAAAAUACCCCCACAAAAAGAUACAGCAACAAGUCCGUUAAAACCAACGAUUGAACCGAUUACGUCAUGUCCCCCGGUUAUUAAAAUAAACGGGGUUGGUUCUUUAGAAGGUGGAAAUCGAUUAGGAGAUAUUAGUUCGGCAGCGAUUUUUUCAAAUUCAACCGUUGAUUUAAAAUAUGUCGCGUUAAAUGAAGAAUUAUUGAAAGUGAACGGCGAUGAUAUUAAAAUUGAAUCGAAUGGGGAUGAAAAUUUUUCUAAAAGUGAUCCUAAUAUUAAAUGUGAUUUUGCGGAAGUUGUUGAAGAAAAACCGAUUGAAGAUGGAUCGUUAAAAAAACGAGCGGAAUCAGAACCGAAUUUGGUGAAUUGUAAAGAUGAAGAUGAUAUAGUUAUAUAAUGGUGAACUAUUUUUGUAAUAAUCUUCGGUUAAUUGUUAUUUAUUUAUAAAUUUGUUUAAAUAAAUUUUUUAUUAUCACUA